AGGGUAUCACUAAGGAAGCGCCAACCAAGGAGCCACAACCUUUUACACACAGUCCUUAGAACUCACCACCGUUCAAAACCCUCGAAUUCAUUCUUUAAUCCCCACUACAUCCGAAUCGAAUAUCUACGAAAUCACAGCAGCCAUGGCCGUCCGUGCUUCCUUCGAGAAUUCCAACGAAGUUGGUGUCUUUUCAACCCUCACAAAUGCGUAUGCGAUUGUCGCAGUCGGCGCUUCGGAGAACUUCUACAGUGUUUUCGAGGCCGAACUCCAAGAUGUCAUACCAAUCUGCCACGCCACGAUAGCCGGUACUAGAAUUGUAGGCCGCUUGACUGCUGGUAAUAAGAAAGGUCUUCUCGUCCCAACCACAACAACCGAUCAGGAACUGCAACAUCUUCGUAACUCGAUACCGGACACAGUCAAGAUUCAGCGAAUAGAAGAGCGACUCUCAGCGCUCGGAAAUGUGAUAUGCUGCAACGACCACGUCGCCCUCGUGCACCCGGAUAUCGAGCGAGAAACCGAGGAGAUAAUAGCAGAUGUGUUGGGCGUGGAGGUCUUCAGGCAAACUAUCGCGGACAAUGUUCUCACCGGAUCAUAUAUGGCUCUGAGCAACCAGGGCGGUAUCGUGCAUCCCAAGACGAGCAUUCAGGAUCAGGACGAACUCUCAAGUCUGCUGCAAGUGCCCCUUGUAGCGGGAAGUGUGAACCGCGGAAGUGCGGUUGUUGGUGCGGGUAUGGUCGUUAACGACUGGAUGGCUGUGACAGGUCUUGAUACCACUGCCACUGAGCUCUCCGUUGUGGAAUCGGUCUUCCGUCUGGGCGAGGGCAACGGCCCAAGCGCUAUCAACACCACCAACAGGGAUGCUAUGGUCGAAUCCUUCUACUAAAUCAAAUCUUAAUGUACUCUCUUCGAACCUGCCAGAGUGGCGGGCAAUGAGCUAUGAACACCGCACAAAGUCAUUGGAUUCGGUCUAAAGUUCCAUGAGGUCGACCGGCGAGCUAGACCUGAUGGUCGAGUGUGCGCAGUCAGUCCAGUA